AUGUUCCGUAUGACUUUCCGUUCCAUGGCACGCGCAAGUGUGCGCAAAGGAACACCGGCCAUGAAGGUCGCUCGUCCGUUGAAGGUGACACCUGCAGCCAAGGCCGCAGCUGCAACAACAACUGCAGCACCCGUGUCGAUUCUCAACGCCCCCGUCGCCCCGCCGCUCGUCGUGGAGCCACCGAGGAUGCCAUCGCUCGAUCUCCCUCCGGCGGUAAAGCCCAAGGCGAAGACGGCGGUGAAACCAAAGUCAACGGGAAAGAAGCUGACAAAGCCACAAGAGAAGCCAAAGGCAAAGGCAAAAGGAAAUGACAAGGUAAAGGCAAAGCUGCCCAAACUUGGCGCAUCGUCGCCGAUGAAGCUAAAGAAGACCAAGACCUCAAAGCCAAAGAAACCACUGAAGGUUAACACAAAUACAAAGGCGAAGAGCACAAAGCUUAUGAAGCGCAAGUAA